AAUCAAAAUUACAGUCUUCUUUUAGUUUCCUGUCACAGUGAAAAAAAAGUAUGUGCACUGACAGGAAAACCACAAUCUUGACAACCUGAAGUCAAAGAGCUGUGUGGCACACUGCAGAGGUGGUGACUGGACUGAUAGAGCAGUUAGAUGGAACAAAAUGGCUCGCCUCAAAGCUCUCCUCAUCACAGUCAUUAAAGUUCUUUUCUGUUUGAUGCAAGAGUCAAAGACUGAAGGAAAUAUUCCAAAACCCAAAAUAACACAAACUCCUGCUGUAAAUGUGAUAUAUACAACUGAGAAAAUGACACUUGAGUGCAGUGUCCAAGGGGACUCUUCAGGACUUGAGUACAUCUGGCAGAAAGGAGAUGAGCGUCUCCCCGACUCCCCCACCUACAUUAUUCCGUCUGCUGACCAGUCACAUAGUGGAGAGUACCGGUGCCAAGUAAAGAAAGGCAACAAUACUUCAGAUCUCAGUGAUCUGCUGCCCCUAUCAGUUGCUGAUGGCAGACCGAAACCCCAGUUGACAAAGGAACCUGCGUCUGUCAGUGUGUUCUACACAAAAGAGAGUGUCACCCUUAAGUGCAGUAUUACAGAAGAUUCAGAGGGAUGGACCUAUCUGUGGUAUAAAGGCCAAGACAAAAAACAGAUUCUCAACUCUGGGUCUAAGAGCCAGCACACCCUUUCCUCUGUGGUACCAGCUGAUGGUGGACCAUACUGGUGUCAAGUCGAGAGAGCCGGAUUCAAAUCUGAUCAUAGUGAUUCUUUGCCAUUAGUGAUCAAGGAAUUGCCUCAAACAACACUGGUCAUGCAGACCAAAUGGACCAAAGUCUUCCCCACUGAGGUCGUCAAAAUGGAGUGUGACAUUCAGCCUCCUUCUCCAGACUGGAUUUGUAAAUAUUACAAAAAUGGCCAGGUGUAUCAAACCAGUGACUGCAUGCUUAAUCUUCAGUUUGCAAACACUGGUGACUCUGGAGACUACAAAUGCAUUGGAACCCUCCGCUCUUUGCAAACCCAACCCAGCAACCCCAUUGGAGUUCAUGUUUAUGGGCGCAGACCGAAACCCCAAUUGACACAGGAACCUGCGUCUGUCAGUGUGUUCUACACAAAAGAGAGUGUCACCCUUAAGUGCAGUAUUACAGAAGAUUCAGAGGGAUGGACCUAUCUGUGGUAUAAAGGCAAAGACAAAAACCCUACCACCAACACUGGGUCUCAGGGCCAGCUCACCCUUUCCUCUGUGGCACCAGCUGAUGGUGGAUCAUACUGGUGUCAAGCCGAGAGAUCCGGAUUCAAAUCUGAACAUAGUGAUUCUUUGUCAUUAGUGAUCAAGGAUUUGCCUCAAACAAAACUGGUCAUGCAGACCAAAUGGACCAAAUUCUUCCCCUCUGAGGUUGUGAACAUGACAUGUGACAUUCAGCCUCCUUCUCCAGACUGGAUUUGUAAAUAUUACAGAGAUGACCAAGAGUUACAAACCAGUGACUGCAUGCUUAACCUUCAGUCUGCUAACACUGGUGACUCUGGAGUCUACAAAUGCAUUGGAACCCUCCGCUCUUUGCAAACCCAACCCAGCAACCCCAUUGGAGUUCAUGUUUAUGGGGGCAGACCGAAACCCCAAUUGACACAGGAACCUGCGUCUGUCAGUGUGUUCUAUACAAAUGAAAGUGUCACCCUUAAGUGCAAUAUCACAGAAGAUUCAGAGGGAUGGACCUAUCUGUGGUAUAAAGGCAAAGACAAAAACCCUACCACCAACACUGGGUCUCAGGGCCAGCUCACCCUUUCCUCUGUGGCACCAGCUGAUGGUGGAUUAUACUGGUGUCAAGUGGAGAGAGCCGGAUUUAAAUCUGAACAUAGUGAUUCUUUGUCAUUAAUGAUCAAGGAUUUGCCUCAAACAAAACUGGUCAUGCAGACCAAAUGGACCAAAGUCUUCCCCUCUGAGGUUGUGAACAUGACAUGUGACAUUCAGCCUCCUUCUCCAGAAUGGAUUUGUAAAUAUUACAGAGAUGACCAAGAGUUACAAACCAUCGACUGCAUGCUUAACCAGUCUGCAAACACUGGAGACUCUGGAGUCUACAAAUGCAUUGGAACCCUCCGCUCUUUGCAAACCCAACCCAGCAACCCCAGUGGAGUUCAUGUUUAUGGGGGCAGACCGAAACCCCAAUUGACACAGGAACCUGCGUCUGUCAGUGUGUUCUACACAAAUGAAAGUGUCACCCUUAAGUGCAGUAUUACAGAAGAUUCAGAGGGAUGGACCUAUCUGUGGUAUAAAGGCAAAGACAAAAACCCUACCACCAACACUGGGUCUCAGAGCCAGCACACCCUUUCCUCUGUGACACCCAUUAAUAAUGGAUCAUACUGGUGUCAAGUCGAGAGAGCCGGAUUCAAAUCUGAACAUAGUGAUUCUUUGCCAUUAGUAAUCAAGGAUUUGCCUCAAACAAAACUGGUCAUGCAGACCAAAUGGACCAAAUUCUUCCCCUCUGAGGUUGUGAACAUGACAUGUGACAUUCAGCCUCCUUCUCCAGACUGGAUUUGUAAAUAUUACAGAGAUGACCAAGAGUUACAAACCAGUGACUGCAUGCUUAACCUUCAGUCUGCAAACACUGAAGACUCUGGAGUCUACAAAUGCAUUGGAACCCUCCGCUCUUUGCAAACCCAACUUAACAAUCCCAUUGGAGUUCAUGUUUAUGGCCAUCCGCCAACGCUCUUGUUGUCAGUGGAUCCCACUGAGCCACCAAUUUACACAAAAGAAAAUGUCACACUAACUUGCGGUGUUACGGAGGAGCAAGAAGGAUGGACAUAUAUGUGGUAUAAAGGCAGUGACCAAAAAACUCCAGUCAAUCAGGCCAGUGAGAGAGUGUUUACAAUAUCAUCUGUUCAACGAUCUCACAAUGGAGAAUACAAGUGUCAGGUCAAAAGAGAGAAUUUCUUCUCUGGAUACAGUGACUCACAUGGAUUGUCAAUUGAAGAGCCACCUGUACCAAAACUGGAGCGGCUGUCUAAAUGGGCUAAAGUUUUCCCCACUGAGAAAGUGAGCAUGAAGUGCAAUGGUAUUCCUUCUUCAUCAGGAUGGACUUAUAGAUGGUACAGAAAACAACAACCACUCCAUGGUCAAAAUACCGAUACACUUUUAAUUAGCUCUGUUGCCACCGAGUACACUGGAGAAUACACUUGCCAAGGAGUCCACAAACGACAAGUGGAAACAGUAGUCAGUGACAGUAUUAGCAUCUAUGUUUAUGACCAUAAGGUUGUGCCUACCUUGAGUCAACACCCAAAUUACACCUCUGUUUAUGUGGAAGAACAAGUGACCUUCAUGUGUGAAGUGAAGAUUGAUUCUACAGACUGGGAAUAUCAGUGGUUCCAAAGUAAUCUUCAAGAGCAAAUCCGAGACGUUGACCCAAGACAUGCGACUUACACGAUCCAAUCUGCCUCUGUGAAAGAUGAUGGUGCAUUUUGGUGUAAAACUAAGAGAGGGGCGUAUGAGUCAGAACUUAGCACAGUUAUAGAAAUAAAGAUUUUAGCUCGUCCUACAAUGGUGGUGAACCUGGAGACUGGGUGGGCAGACAUCCUCUCUGUGGACAGCUUGACAUUAUUGUGUGAGGUAGAUAAUACAAGCGUCACAUGGAACUACACAUGGUACAAAGAAGACGAGGAGAUGGCAAAUGAAACACAAAAAGCUCUUCAUAUCAAAGCCACCAAGGAAAACUACCGGAGUAAAUAUAGCUGCAGAGGGAUCCGAUCCAACCGUCCAACAUAUUCCAUGCGUAGUGACGCUUUUAUACCAAACAACAUUGUUCUCAAAAGGCAAAUCCUUCUGUCCAUUUCGGGUUGUUUGGUUGUUGGAUUUGUCCUCAUUGUUCUAGGUUGUGUCUAUCUGAAGUUCACCCGCAAGCCAGAUAAAGAGAGCAAACCUGAACCAGACCUUUUUUUUACCAUGGCUGAAUUAAAGUCACGUGGAGAUAUUGGUUCAAACACAGACUUAUGCCCAGCUGAAACCUCAACUGAUGAACCACUAACAAUUGAAAAAACUGAGUCUGAAGAUCCUCCUUGCCUUUCUGAAGGGGUACUGAAAGAAGAACUAGCUGAAGAAAACCACAAUGAAGAGGAAUCUGAUGAAUUAACAACAUUUAAAGUUUAAGCUUGUGACCAUAACCUGCCCCGUGGAUGUUUCAACCUCACAUCUCAAGUAUAGAGACAUUUUUAUUUUAACCUGGCAAAUCAACAAUUUUGAAACAUGUAUUAUUGCAUCUUUUGUAUAGAUAGAUAGAUAGAUAGAUAUAUAGAUAGAUCUACCCCAGAGUUAGAUAAGAUGAUACACAGUGAUGAAGUAUACGUCCUGGAGCUAUAUUGUAAUUCAGACAAAGUACUGUUAUUUGGACUGAUUUGGAGUGAUUUGCAUGCAGCACCUGAAAAGCUCUUUACAGCGUUACUUCUGCAAAUUUCAAGUAGCAGUGCUUCGCCUGAAUGAGAAUAGUUCCAACUAUGUAUAUGUUUAGAAAAUCACUUUAUCUCAUUUUACAUUGGUAUUUGUACUAUUGUAAGUAUCUCAACAUGUAGAUAGGAAAUGUUGGAGUUCUUAUGUCACUUUUGGGAGCUAUAGGCUGGUUGGUUCCUCCCACCUUAAUGAGCUACAAGUAUGCUAAGCUAGGCUAACCGAGGGUGCGUCAGAUUGAGUAACUGCACACACAGACGAGAAGGGUAUGUAUCAUCUUAUCUAACUGGGUGAGCUAGUAUAUAUAUAUAUAUAUCCCAUAAAUAUAUAUCUUUUUAUCUUUGUAUGAAUGUCAGUGUCAUUAUGGUUUACUUCCUUUUAACCAGUAAUUCUGUAGUAAAAUGUCAUUAUUAGUAGCUAUGUGACUACUGUUUGUUGAGCUCAGUGUGGCAUAUUAAUACAUUUGCUUUGCAUA